CUGGAAGCAGAACGGACAGGGGCGCGCGGGAGGCGCGCACAGCUCUCCGGCUGCCCAUGCUCACUGCGCCUGGGGAAUUGGGCUGUGGGCGAGGCGGCCCCGGCUGGCCUUUAUCGCUCCCCGGGUUCGUCUUUUGAAACUUUAUCAGGGAGUCUCACCACUCGCAGCAGACGCGAGCGGGGGGCGGGGGCGAGGCGCCGGCAGCCGUGACAAGGCGGUCCGGCGCUGAGCGCUUCUGCUCGGGGCACGCAUGGCGCCCGCACACGGAGUCUGACCUGAUGCGGACUCAAGGGGGUUAAUAUGAACGCCCCUCUCGGUGGAAUCUGGUUCUGGCUCCCUCUGCUCUUGACCUGCCUCAUCCCUGAGGUCAGCUCUUCAUGGUGGUACAUGAGAGCGACUGGUGGCUCCUCCAGGGUGAUGUGUGACAAUGUGCCAGGCCUGGUGAGCCGCCAGCGGCAGCUGUGCCACCGACACCCAGACGUGAUGCGUGCCAUCGGCCUGGGAGUGGCGGAGUGGACAGCAGAGUGCCAGCACCAGUUCCGCCAACAUCGCUGGAACUGCAACACCCUGGACAGGGACCACAGCCUCUUUGGCAGAGUCCUGCUCCGAAGUAGUCGGGAAUCUGCCUUUGUUUAUGCCGUCUCCUCAGCUGGAGUUGUAUUUGCCAUCACCAGGGCCUGUAGCCAAGGAGAAUUAAAAUCUUGUUCCUGUGAUCCAAAGAAGAAGGGAACUGCCAAGGACAGCAAGGGCAUCUUCGACUGGGGCGGCUGCAGUGAUAACAUCGACUAUGGGAUCAAAUUUGCCCGUGCCUUUGUGGAUGCCAAGGAAAGGAAGGGGAAGGACGCCAGAGCCCUGAUGAAUCUCCACAACAACAGAGCUGGCAGGAAGGCUGUAAAGCGGUUCUUGAAACAAGAGUGCAAGUGUCAUGGAGUAAGUGGCUCAUGUACUCUGCGGACGUGUUGGCUGGCCAUGGCCGACUUCAGAAAAACGGGUGAUUAUCUCUGGAGGAAGUACAAUGGGGCCAUCCAGGUUGUCAUGAACCAGGAUGGCACUGGUUUCACGGUGGCUAAUAAGAGGUUUAAGAAACCAACGAAAAAUGACCUUGUGUAUUUUGAGAAUUCUCCAGACUACUGUAUCAGGGACCGAGAGGCAGCCUGCUGUUUCUAUACGAACUGCCUGCUGCCUCAGGUUGCGAGGUACCGCCCUUUAAAAUUCCUACUGAAACUACACAGAAUACCCUACUGAGAAUCUGGAGAAGCAGGUUGAUAAUGUGCAGAUUCUGGAGAAGUAGAAACCCACCAAGAAUGUGCAUGGCAAAAAGUCAGAAUAUGCAGAUUAGCAAGAUUCUUCAGCCUGGGCAGAAUUCUAGGCAGUGACUAAUGUGCACUAUGUGUACAUCUUUGGUGGGGGAUCCUGAAGCUGAGAGCAGGGUAGCUUUGGAUGGCAUCUUCCCUUUUACAAAUCCCCCUUCUGUGACUAUAGAAAGGGGCAUCGGAGCUUUAAAUUUAGCCUCCUCUGCUGUCUACCCUAUUUCACAUUCCCUUGCUCUUUGCAAUAUGCUUUGAAGUUGCCAAAUACUCAAAAGCAAGGAUUUAUCCCACUCUCUUGGCCCCAGGUGGGCAGUGUAUAAGGAUUGUGUAAGAGGCACCUCAUUUGUUAGGGCCACACCCUUUCCUCCCAGAUGGCACCUUCUCCAUCUUGAACUCACUCAAGCCACCUCCUCAGCUCAGCCCAGCAGCUGUUCCCACCUACCUGUCUGAUUGCAUACAUGUGCUUUAUCACCCCACCUCAUCCACUCUGAACUUCAGGCUUGGCUCUUUUUUGCAGAGGUUCUAGUGCAAAAUAAGAACGAGUUAAAUAAGUCUAAGUCAGUGGGAUGUAACUGAAGCCAAAAGCUUACUUUGGCUCAAGCCAAUUUCUUGGUAGAAAGCAAGGGAAUUAACUAUCAGAAAAAAAAAUUGUUUUUCUCUAAUUUAAAUUUGGAGUUUGUCUUUCAUUCCAAAAUUGCUGCAAAGGAACCAGAGAAACAGUGCAGAUAGCAACCAGAUCCUAAUGUUAGAUUGACCAGGAAGCAAAAUAACCAGCAAUAUCACAAGAAAGCCCCAAUUUCUUUCUUGAGUGCUUGAAUUUCCUUUAGGUUCGAUGAGCCAGCUCUCUGCAGCACAGGAGCAGGUUUCUACAUGCAGCCAGUGCAUUAAUGACUGCUGAACACAAGGACCAGCAGCGGAGCUCCACUGCAUUCCUGAAGUGCUUUGGGACUGCUAGCGAGUCAUCCUCCUGUUCACUCAAAGUUUUGACCAAAUCUCUAUGAAAUCUGUGCUUUGCUAUAAAAUUACCCCAGGGAUUUGGCUUUAACUAAGUAUUUAAUCUCAGACUUCUGAAACAGGGCAUGAAGAUGAUAUGAUUGUGAUCAUUUUUGGUCCUGUAAAUUAAUUACGGUGUGCUGAAUACCGGGCUGAGAUCAUUGCCUACAUGGUCUUGUUGAAUCCAUGGAGCAGCCCUAUGACAUCCAUGCAUUGCAAGUAAUUACUGGAACAAUAAACAAUCAUAAGUGGUAAAAAGAGAGAUAUUCGUAGAGGAUCAACACCAACCAAGAACAAAAUUCACAGUUUAGUUCUGCAGUCAAAUAAGCAGCCAUAGCUAUCAUGAUGACCACUGGAAAAGAAAAGUGAAUGACCUCGUGGGUAGGAGGGGUCAGGCACCUGGCCUCAUGGCAUGGGCCUGCGCUUUGAUUCUGAAACUACACAUCCCCCAUCCCAGACAUGGCGGGAGAAAAGACCUUGUGAAGCAAGAACCUAAUGUUGAAUAUCAGAGAACCUGAUGCCCAGCACAUCUUUCUGGUCCUUUGGAGAAGCAACAGUCAUAGCCAAUGAAUUUUACUGCCUCAUGGAUCAUCAGUAAAAUAAAGACCACACUUUUUAUUUUUCCCGCAGAGGAAUUCUGAAUCUAGUUCACUCUUCAAGUUACUAAAUGAUUCUUGAACACUGCCCUUUCCAAAAUUCUCUGUAUAGAACAAAAUUCUGUUUCUUGAUUGUGAAGUAACUGACAGACCUAAGUACCUACCACAUGCCAGGGCUCAUUCUACAUUCUCUUAUUAAUUCUCACCAU